CAGACUCACCAGUCCUUCACGUCCCCUAAUAAUCAAACCCCGCCGUCCUGCCAUUCUCCCUCCAAACUUGGACUCAAGACAACAUUUCAUCCAAAACUCAACUAUCUAUAACCGCCACCGCCACCGCCACGGUGGUUUCUCUACCGUCUGACCAAUCGUCUACUGAUCCAUCAAACGAUGUUUCUUACUCGUUGGACCCCAGCCCAGAUCCUAACAUACUACCUAUCGGAGCACCCAGCUAUCGUCGGGUUCCGGUGGAGCCACACCCAAUCAUGGGGCUCCACGUGGUCAUUCCUCUUCACCGCUAUAGCAUUCUAUCUGGCUCUAUCAAUUUUUCUCCACCUCGUACUUUCUCUCAUCGUCCGACGUGGCAGACCCGUCCCGCUGGGUCCCAUCCCCGCUCUCCACAGCCUCUCCGUUGCCUUGAUCUCCGCCACAAUUUUCGCUGGCAUCCUCCUCUCCUCCGCAGCCGAGAUCCACGAAACCCGAUGGUUCUGGCGCCGCUCAAAAACCCCUUUUCAAUGGUUCCUCUGUUUUCCACUCGGGACCCGCCCGUCGGGUCGGGUCUUCUUCUGGUCCUACAUAUAUUACCUCUCUCGAUUCGUCCACAUGGGUCGCACAUUCUUCGUCAUCCUACGACGCCGUAGACUCGCUUAUUUCCAGCUCUUCAACACUUCAAUUUUGACCUUCAUGUGCUUCUUGUGGCUCGAAUUCUCUCAAUCUUUUCAAGUUCUCGCAAUCUUGUUUGCCACUCUAGUAUACUCUGUCGUUUACGGGUACCGAUUUUGGACCGCGAUCGGAUUGCCCUGUUCGUGCUAUCCGUUUGUGGUGAAUUGUCAGAUGGUGCUUUUGUGUUGUAAUUUGGUUUGUCAUGUUGGGGUGCUUUUGCUGCACUUUUUGAAAGGUGGGUGUAAUGGGAUUGGAGCUUGGUUGUUCAAUUCAGUGCUUAAUGGAGCAAUUCUGUUGUUGUUCUUAAAUUUCUACUUGAAGAUGCAUUUGGGGAAGAAGAAGAUGAUGAUGAAAGAAGAAACGGUGAUAGAAAGAGUGAAAGAGAAAGGAAUUUGACUUGUUUUCUACCAUUUGAACUGUAAAUUACUAUAACGAUACUCUGUUUUUGUGCCAUUUAGAUUAAUUAAGUUGGUUGUUCAAACAUAAGCAAACAUUUUUAAAAUAAACAGAGAGAUUUAUAUCAAGAGGAGCAAUAAUACU